AUGAAUCAAUUGGAUAAGGCAGUAUCAGAGGAGCCAGCUAUCGAACCUCAAGUACAGGAACCAACCUCGAUCGGGGAGCUAGGGAAAGGUACUGUUUCAUUAUCACUGGAAACCGCAACCACCUCAUCAUCAUCAACGACAACAACAACAACAACUAGUCAUACAUAUUCAACUCGAAGUAAAGAACGUUCUAAAGAAGAAGAGCUCGAAAGGAAACUGAAAGAGAAACAAAGAAAGCACAAUGUUGUAAUCCAUCCUCGAUUGAAACCAGUUCCAUUUAAAGGACUGGAUAUUUUGAUUCAAACUUCAUCAUUACCAAAUGAAGUCAUCACCAUAGAUAACAUAAAAUUCUACCAAUCAGAAGAUCAUCCUUUUAAUAAACGAGGAUUCAAAUAUAAACCAUGUCGUCCAAAUCCAGAAUUCCCUUCUAAUUUAUAUGCCACAACUGAUAUCUCUCCACACAAGGUAUGUAUCAGUAUAUUCGAUAGAUCCAAUGGGAUUCUCUACGAUCAAAAUUUGGAAGCAAUUGCAGCUCAAGAGGGAUGGAGAUCAGCUAGGACGAAUAUUGGGAUUCGUGAAGGGAAAUUUUACUUUGAAUUUAAGAUUAUCAAUGCCAAUGAAAAAAGUCAUGUGAGAAUUGGUAUAGGCAGACGAGAAGCCAGUCUAGAAGCACCGGUAGGGUUCGAUGGAUAUGGAUAUGGGAUCCGAGAUGUGAAUGGGGAGUUUAUGACUAUUAGUAGACGUCAAGAUUUUAUAAUUGAGGGCGGGUUUACUAGUGGUGAUGUGAUUGGAUUCUUGGUCGAAUUGCCAUCUUUGGAAAAGCAAAGGGAGGCAUUGGAUAAGUUUGUCAAUGAGAGAUUAGAGAAAUCAAUUAAAGUUGAAAGUAAAGAAAACUCCAAAAAGAAGAGAAAAAUCAACAGAGAGAAAUUACAAGAAUCUUUACUGGAAAAUGAAAAGUUCAAUGACCAUGGAAAUAUACUACGAGAUCAAAUACCUAUUAGAUAUAAAAACGCGUUAUAUUAUGAACAAUAUGAAUAUACCUCGACUAAAACUAUGGAGCAUUUGUUAAACCCAAUUACUGUGUUUGGUGAAACGGCAGUUUUAGAAAGUGAUGACAAGACAAAAGAUAUUCCCAUUAUUCCCAACUCUAGAGUCAGGAUCUUUAAGAAUGGAAAGGAGCAACCAACAGCAAUUACAAAUUUAUUUUCGUUUCUACCUACGAACUUAGAAGAAAGUGGAGAUUUAAAUAUUGAUCCGAAUUUGAAACAACUGCAAAAUCCCAAAUAUAGAAAUACCGACGAUGGAAGUUUAGGAUAUUAUCCAAUGCUUUCUGCUUUUCAAGAGGGUGCGGUUGCAUUAAACCCAGGACCUGAUUUCCAAUUUGGUCUUCCUAAUGAGUCUGGAGUUAAACCACUCAGUGAUAGAUUUGAAGAAACGGCAGUGGAAGAAUGGUAUUGGGAUAUCUUGGAUGAAGUAGAAGCACAGUAUUUAGAUAGUUUUGAAAUUUAA